GCGCGACAGUGCGGUUUCCGGUCAUGUCGCAAUGAGUUCUCGCUGUUGCGUUCGCGUCUAAAACAAAAACACAGUUACACGGGCUCGGGAGCUGUUGAAGCUUUCCACGCAGACGCAGACACGGAGUUCGCAGAGAGAAUAUACGCAGUUGGUCUGUUUGCGUGUUUGCUAGUUUGCUCGCAGAGUCGCCCAGAGAUGUGCACGCAGACGAGGGCUGCGGCUCUGAUGGCCAACAUCCCGCGGGUCGACAUCGACCCGUCCGGCGUCUUCAAGUACGUCCUCAUCCGCGUGCACAGCAAAGAGGAGGGGGACGACUCGGAGAUAGACAUCGUCCGCGGCUACUCCUGGGCCGAGUUCCACGCUGAUAUCUACGACAAGGUGUCGGAGGAGCUGGAAAAGGGCGGCUACCUGGACUGCGAGUGUGUCGGAGGAGGGAGGAUCAACCACGACCCCCAGGCCAAGAAGAUCCACGUCUACGGACACUCGAUAGGCUUUGGACGAGCGAACCACGCGACGACUACUGAGAAGCUGAAGGCUCAGUAUCCAGACUACGAGGUGACCUGGGACAACGAAGGAUACUAAACUGACCUCAGAUCAGCCUCUGUUGGGUGUCCUUUUCUCCUGGACUGACAUGGCACUUAUCUGUAACCCCCCCCCCUCAUUAGGAACACCCAGAGUCCGAUAAGAAGCCUUUUGAUACCACAUUGAUAAUCCAACCGACUUGUUGUAGAGUCACCUAGCCUCGUAAAUACGACAUCAUCGCUGAGAUGUGUUGGAAGUGUCGUCAUGUAUGUUUCAUAAAUAUUUCCUGAUAAAUGCUUUGAAAUUG